UCCGCCUCUUUCGGACUUCAACUCCCAGAAGCCUCGGCCACUUUGUCCAAUGAAGAGAGCUCUUGGGAGUCGAAGUCCAUCCCCUCAGAAGCCUGCUUUCCUCCGCCUCCCGCUUCAGCCGCCGGGGAGGCCGAGCCGGCCGGCUUCGGAGUGGCGCGUCGGCCUGCUCCUCCCUCAGUGGCGGCAUGGAGGGCCUGGAGGAGGCCGUCUUUGAGGAGAAAGAGGCGGCGGAGGCGGAGGCGACGACUAGGCCCCAGCCAGGCCUGAGGCUGCACUUGCCGCUCCCGCCUCCCUUGCCGCCUCCCCCGCUGCUCCUCUCCCGGCGCCGGACCCCGCCGCACCGCCACUCCUCGUCCCCUCCGCGGAGGCCUCGCCGCCGGAGCCGCCUUCUCCUCAUGGACGGCGGCGGAGGAGGCGGGUCUCACCUCUACCACGAAGACGACUUGGACGACGAGGACGACGACGACGAAGAUGGCGAGGACGACGAACCCGACGGAGGCCUGGCCAGCAGCGAGAGCGCCGAGAGCGGCGGGUUCCCCUCUUCGGCGGCGCCGGAGCCUCGCAAGCGGGCCCGCGGGACGACUUCCUCGGCGGGCUCUUCCUCGUCCCUAGGCCCGCACCGCUGCUGCUACGAGGUGGUGCGCGAGCUGGGCCCCGAGGAGGUGCGCUGGUUCUACCGCGAGGAGCGCAAGAGCUGGAAGCCCUUCAUCGGGUACGACUCGCUCCGCAUCGAGCGCGCCCACCGGGGCAUCCUCCUCCGGGAAGGACAAGGAGAGGCCGAGGAGGGGAGAGAAGGAGGAGAGAAGCGGGAAGGAGCCGGGAAGGACGACGGAGGAGAGGCCCCCGAGCCCGUCUGCGUCCGCGGAGGCCUCUACGAGGUGGACGUCGCCAACGCAGAGUGCUACCCCGUCUACUGGAACCAAUCUGAAAAGAUUCCUGUGAUGCGUGGGCAGUGGUUUAUUGAUGGCACCUGGCAGCCCCUGGAAGAAGAAGAAAGCAAUCUGAUAGAACAGGAACAUCUAAGUUGUUUCAAGGGACAGCAGAUGCAAGAGAAUUUUGACAUGGACGUCUCGAAACCUUUAGAUGGAAAAGAGGUUAUCUACCAUCUCCCUCCCUUCUCCCUCCAUUCUCUGUUCAAAUGGAGAGGAUAUAAAGAGAAUGCAGAGGCUGCAGGGCUUAAACGCAAACGGUCCGAAGCUAUUCAUAGUUUGAAGCUGAGUCGCAACCAUGUCGACUGGCACAGUGUGGAUGAAGUGUAUCUCUACAGUGAUGCAACAACAUCUAAAAUUGCAAGAACUGUCACACAGAAGCUGGGUUUUUCCAAAGCUUCAAGCAGCGGAACAAGGCUUCAUAGAGGCUACGUUGAAGAAGCCACGCUAGAAGACAAACCAUCGCCAACAACUCACAUUGUGUUUGUUGUGCAUGGCAUCGGACAAAAAAUGGACCAAGGAAGGAUUAUCAAAAACACUGCCAUGAUGCGAGAUACUGCAAGGAAAAUAGAAGACAAAUAUUUUUCCAACCAUGCAACGCACGUUGAGUUCCUUCCAGUUGAAUGGCGAUCCAAACUUGCACUUGAUGGAGAUACUGUUGACUCUAUUACUCCAGAUAAAGUCCGUGGCUUAAGAGAUAUGCUUAACAGCAGUGCAAUGGACAUAAUGUAUUACACAAGCCCACUCUACAGAGAUGAGCUGGUAAAAGGACUUCAACAGGAGUUGAACCGUUUGUACAGCCUUUUCUGUUCUCGGAAUCCAGAGUUCACGGAAAAGGGAGGAAAAGUGUCCAUCGUGUCACAUUCCCUGGGGUGUGUCAUCACAUACGACAUCAUGACAGGGUGGAAUCCAGUCAGACUCUAUGAACAGUUACUUGAGAAGGAAUACGAUGACCUCGAGGAUACAUGGAUGAGCUACGAGGAGCAGCAUUUGCUAGAAGAGUUCUACUUAACCAAACAACGAUUGAGGGAAAUAGAAGAGAGAUUGCAUGGACUGAAGACCUCCACCAUAUCUAAGACUCCUGCCUUAAAAUUUAAGGUUGAAAACUUUUUCUGCAUGGGAUCUCCCUUAGCAGUGUUUUUGGCCUUGCGCGGCAUCCGCCCAGGGAACAGUGGAAGUCAAGAUCACAUACUGCCCAGAAGUAUUUGUAACCGGUUGCUAAACAUUUUUCAUCCAACAGACCCAGUGGCCUAUAGACUAGAACCUUUAAUUCUGAAGCAUUAUAGCAACAUUUCUCCUGUCCAGAUCCACUGGUACAACACCACGAACCCUCUACCUUAUGAACACAUGAAGCCAAGUUUCCUCAACCCGGCAAAAGAUUCUACCUCAGCCCCAGAGAGUGAACCUCUCCCGACUUUACCCAGCCCCACAACAUCCCCCGUCAUGGCACGGCGGCACUAUGGGGAGUCCAUUACAAACAUAGGCAAAGCAAGUAUAAUGGGUGCUGCCAGCAUUGGGAAAGGUCUCGGAGGGAUGCUCUUCUCGAGAUUUGGGCGCGCCACUGCUCCCGCUGCGCCGGGACUGGAACCAGGCAAAGAAGGGACCGAAGUAGAGGAGAAGAAGUCCGUCGUGAACCAAGCAACAAUUGGGACGCAGACAUUCCCCCACAGCAGCUCCGGCUUCCUGGACCCAACAUUGGAGCUAGAGCACAGGAUUGACUUUGAGCUCAGGGAAGGCCUGGUGGAGAGCCGGUACUGGUCUGCCGUCACCUCGCACACUGCUUACUGGUCUUCUAUGGACAUUGCCCUCUUCCUGCUCACCUUCAUGUACAAGCAGGAGCAAGAGGAGGAUGGCAUCAAGCCCCACUUAGACUCUGUUUGAUUUUAGCUUGGGGGGUUGGGGGGAGGGGGGAGGGAGGGAAGGAUGACACUUGGCCAGUGGCACAGAGCGGUCUGUUUCCGAGGCACGGUGGUUUCAGGUUUAAAUGCAUGUCUGGAUCUCUUCCUUCCGAGAUUGUUUGCUCUUCGAGGCGCGUUUCCAGUCCUCUGCCAGUUGAGGCCUUCUUGAAAGAACGGCUCUCGGUUCCCGCUCUAUCAGCUGCGGACGAACAGAGCAGAGGCGGUUGUUUCAGCACCCACGGUAGGGUUGGCACCGUUACAGAUUAACCACAACUACUGUUUAACCGAGUUAAUUUUUUUUCCAAGUGCAGAGAUUAGUCCUCCUCAACGGAAUUUGUUUUCGUUUUAAGAAAAAUUCCCACACACCUAAAAUGGCCACGUUCUGUGUCCUUUGCGGCGGGACCUAAACGGCCAAUGGGUCUCACCUUUCUGACCAAAGUCUGCUCUUCCUGGGUCCAUUGGAAUUCCUCCUCUUAGGAAAGCAACAGACUCAAACAAACCGUGUGCUAACAACACAACACUCACCCAGAUACUACAACUGGAAAGCAGGCAUGAAGCAAAUAUUUUGAGAUAUUGUAAUUAUAAUUUAUUUUUACCUCCAACUCACUGUCGCUUUGUUUUACUCCAGUCCGUGUACUUUUUUCUACUGUUCCUUUCUCCUCCCUUUUUUGUUUUUUGUUUUGUUCUGUUUUUUUUUGUUUGGGGUCAAGAAGACAUACGUUAAAGAACCACAUUUAUUUUCUACAGUGUUAAAAACGGCUUUAUUCCUCAGACGACAUAUCUUUGUACUAUUCAAAAGGAGCUAUGGACACUGUGGCACACUUUUCAGUAUUUUUUCAUUAAAAAUAAACCUUUGUGGACUCACACAAAUAA